GUGAAAUAGGAAAGUGGUGGAUGGGUUAAGAUCGCUGAUUUGUUAUACGCUUAUUUGGAAGACUAUAUGUAUUUAUUCAGUGGCCUAUCUCAAACAGGCAUUGCGUUUAUACACACUACCGUAUACAUUGUGCCUAAGGAUUAAGUUUACAUUGGAAAAUAUUAGUGUCCUAAAUCUAUUGAUUGUGAUUGCAUAAAUAUAAUGGCCAAUAUACUGGAAUUUAGAUGUUUAAGUGUUGAAACCAGUAGAUGCUUUGCUUGAGUAAGUUAAUCUAAAAAUAACACAAUAAAAUCACCUUUUGAUUCCACAAUAUGUUUCAAAACGAAAUGUUACCCUGCUGAUCUUUUUUUUUCCAGUCUGCUUUGAGAUAUGAUGUCAAAGAAGUGGACCAAUGGACAUUCUUCUCCAGUACUAAGCUUAAAUGUGAGCAAAGAUGGUCUAUUGGCUUCAGGAGCAGAAGGAGGGGAGCUCACAAUUUGGAAUACUGAAGGAAAUCCUCUGGAAUGUGUACGGCUUCAAAAAGCAGAUGAUGUCACUAGCAUUGUAUUUUCUCCCACUUGUUCUAGAAGACUCUAUGCUUCUCAUGGGGAAAUUAUUAGCAUGCUGGAUACCAGGUGUCUCAAGGAGCCAGUUGAAUGUUUCCAUGUAAAUGAGGAAGAGAUCAAUUGUCUUUCAAUAAAUGAAACAGAAAGCUUCUUGGCUGCUGCAGAUGAUUCUGGAGCCAUAAAGAUAAUUGACUUACAAAGCAAGAAGUUGAGUCGCUGCCUGAAACGACAUUCAAAUAUUUGUGCAUCUACUGCAUUUCGACCCCAGAGGCCACAAAGCCUUCUUUCAUGUGGCCUGGAUAUGAAGAUUAUAAUGUGGAACGUGCAAAAAACUCGCCCACUAUGGAUUAUGAACUUGCAAGAAGAAGACCCAUUUGAGCAAGGGAUUGGCCAACUUUUUAACCCACCAUUGAUUCAUUCAUUGUCUGUUUCUACUUGUGGGAAUGUCUUUGGCUGUGGAGCUGAAGAUGGUAAAAUCAGAAUCUUUCGAGUAACAGGUGCCAAAUUUGAACAGGAAGUAGCAUUUAAAGGACAUUCAUUAGGAGUAUCACAGAUUUUCUUUCUGCCAGAAAUGUAUUGCUUUAUUACAGGGGGAAAUGAUGGCAAAGUAUUGUUGUGGGAUGUUAGCAGUGAAAUUGGAAAAUUGAAAAGUCCAAACAAGGCAAUUCACAAAAAGAAAAAUGCCACCAAGAAAGCUGACAAGAUGAACCCAGAAUACACAAAUGAAUGCCUAUCCAUUUCACCCAAAUUGACCAUUGAACAUGGAGAGAAAGUAAACUGGAUUUCAUAUGUGUCAAUUAAUGGUUCUAAGAGAAUAUUGGUUGCUGACCAAAGUAGCGAUAUAUCAGUAUAUCCUAUUUCUUGAACUCUUCAUAUAUUUAGGUAGGCAGUCAAUCUCUGGUGCAGUAUUUUGAAUCUACUAAUUUUCUGAUGCAUUAUUCCUUCUACCUCCAAUAAAUAAACCAAUUGUUGUGCUGCUAAAAAUUAUUUUGGUAGUUCAUAUAUAGUACCGCUUUUGGAAUACUAAUUGGUGUGACAUUACUGGUAAGCUUGCAAUAAAAGUUAUAUAUAUGUGAAUAAAGAACUGGGUUU